GGGAGAGAAAAAAUGGCUCCUCAAAGACAGAUAACUUUUCUUUGUACCUUGUUUUGUACUAUAGCAUUCAUCACUAAUGGAGCAGAAGGACAGACUGAUGCUGAGCCAGAAGUGACUAUCACCCUUGGACGGCUGAAAGGGAGACAGACAGAUGUGAAGGGGACAGACAGACGUGUAAAUGCCUUCCUUGGGAUUCCUUUUGCAAAACCACCUCUUGGAUCCUUGAGGUUUUCCCCACCUGAACCACCUGAACCAUGGAAUGAUCUGAGAGAUGCAACUUCUUACCCACCACUAUGUCCUCAAGAUCUGUCAAUGUUGAAAACAGCUGAGAAAACCUUCAAAGAAAAACACCUUCCAUUCCAAACUUCUGAGGACUGUUUGUAUCUGAACGUUUACAGCCCUGCUGGUGCAAACAAGAAAGACAAAUUACCUGUAAUGGUGUGGAUCCAUGGAGGCAAUUUUAUAUUUGGUGGUGCUGCUAGGUAUGAUGGUUCUGCACUAUCAGCCUAUGAGAAUAUUGUGGUAGUAAUAAUUCAGUACAGACUUGGACUCCUUGGAUUCUUCAAUACUGGUGAUGAACAUGCUCGUGGAAAUUGGGGAUUUUUGGAUCAAGUAGCAGCUCUUCAGUGGAUCCAAGAUAAUAUUGAACACUUUGGUGGAGAUCCAGGAUCUGUCACACUCUUUGGUGUAUCUGCAGGAUCUUGCUCCAUUUUUGCACAUGUUUUAUCCCCUUUGUCUAGGGGUCUCUUUCAUAAAGCAAUAUCAGAGAGUGGGAUUCUUCUACCCCCUGAUAAAGAUUUACAUCUUUCAACAGAUCUUAAGAAAAUUGCAAGUAUAUUUGAGUGUGAGAUGAGCACUUCACUCUCACUGAUAAACUGCUUAAGGAACCAGGACACAAAGGAUAUUGUCUCUAAAAGUAUGGGAAACCCACUUCUACCCUUAGUUCUGGAUGGCGUCUUUCUUCAUAAGGCACCUGAAGAGAUAUUGGCUGGAAAAGAAUUUAAUGCAGUCCCAUAUAUGAUAGGAGUCACCAACAAUGAAUUUGGCUGGAAUAUUAGAGAUACAUUGGACGUUCCAGGUUUAAAGGAAAUAGGAGAUAGAAAAUCAAUCAUUUCAACAAUAGAGUUUUUCCUACCAAUGCUGUACAUACCAUCAGAGGUUUUGCCUCUUGUAAUUGAUAAAUAUCUAGGAAACACAGAUGAUCCUGCUGAGCUACGGGAUGGAUUUCUGGACUUGUUAGGGGAUGUAGGAGUUGUCGUGCCAUCCAUUAAAGUAUUGGAUUAUCUCAGGGAAUCUGGAGCUCCUGCCUACUUCUUUGAGUAUCAGCAUCGACCCACUUCAUAUCGGGACAGUAAACCAGACUAUGUGAAAGCUGAUCAUGGAGAUGAAGUUGGCUUUGUCUUUGGGGGACCAUUCCUGGCUGGUGAUAUUCAGCUACGUAGUGAAGCUACAGAGGAAGAAAAGAUUCUUAGUAAAACUCUAAUGAAGUACUGGGCUAACUUUGCACGGAAUGGAAAUCCUAAUGGGGAAGGUUUGGUUUACUGGCCAUCUUAUAACCUGAAUGAAGAAUAUUUAGAGAUUAAUCUAAAACAAAAGAAAGCCAGAAAGUUGAAAGAAGAGAAGAUAGAUCUCUGGAGAAAGGUGAUAUUUGAAAAAACAAGUAACAAAAGAAUGGAAAAACGGAACAUUAAUUCAGAGCUAUAAUUUACAGUCAAAGCAUACCCAUAAUAGGCAAACUAUUAGGAUAAUAAAAUAAAUCGCCUAAAAUAAUUUUGAGGAUAAAAUAACAUUUCCCUUUUCACCUUUUCUUUGCAGUUUUCAUACUUGUAAUAAUUGUCUAUAAUAAUUCCCACUGUUCUUUUCUCCUUUGUGAUUCCUGUCUACAACAGAAGGAUUGCUUAUUAUGUACCAAAUUUCCCCACUGCUCAGGUUUUUUUGUCACUUCUCCAUGACUGGAGACAGAUCAUAGCAGCAAUAUUGUUUAAUAAAGUGAAAUCAAUAAAGACUUGAUC